AUGGUCCCUUCUCGAACAUGCGAUGACGACGCUUUUAUUACCACCUUCAAAUACAUGGAAGACAAGAACAUCUUCGUGAAGUUCUACACCAAACACUUCUGCAAACGUCUGCUCGACAAGCAGUCAACGUCCGACAAAACAGAGUCUUCGUUCAUCUCGAGGCUCGCCGAGUGCUGCGGAUACGAGUACACCUCGCGACUGGCAAAAAUGGUCCAGGACACGCAAGUCUCCAAGGACCUCUCAUCAGGAUACAAGGAUCAGCAAUUGGAAAGCUCGAGAAGGAAGAAGAACAUUGAGUUAGGGAUUCAAGUGUUGAGCACGGGAACUUGGCGGAGCAACAACAACCCAAUCGCGACGGGAAUGGACACAAAGACCACACAAAUGGUACUCGGAUUAAAUGUUUGA